CUUAGUUAAUAAUCGUCAAUGAAAUAUGGAGCUUCAGACCUGGCUGUCUCAGCCUCCAAAGUAUACAACUUUCAGAAUAAACAAAACACGAGAAUAUGAUAUCAAAACUUUUGAAAAUUACUUGGAAAACCAACGUAAAAGUUUAAAAUUACCAGCAAUACCAAAGUUCUACUGCCUCUAUCAGGAUUGUUUGGUUGUGGAACAGUGGCUAACCGACGUUCAACCGAGUGGUAAUAGUGAGGUGAUAGUGAUAGUAGACGCACUGUGCGCCGCGGCUGUACUGAGGGGCGCUCAUGUGUUUGCUCCAGGAGUAAUGGGGCUUCCACCAAGUUGCAGUAUCAAUGAUAAAGUUGACAUCUAUGGUGAUGUGGAGGGAAAAUGCCAGAAAGGGCUAAAAGUGGAGUAUACUGGCCAGAAAGUAUUUGUUGGCACCGGCUACUUAAAGAUGCUUCGACAUGAGCUAUUCAAUGAUGGCAUACCACCCAGCGGAAUUGCUAUAGAAGUUACUCUGCCCGCUUCAAGACUACCAGUUAUUAAUGAGUCUAUAUACCCCAAAGGAACGUUGGUGCUUCAAAACCUUCCAUCAAUGGUCUGUGGCUGGGUGGUGAAAGCACAGCCCAAGGACCUCAUCCUAGACAUGUGUGCAUCCCCUGGUAAUAAGACUACACACUUAGCUGAAUUAUCUAAUAAUGAAGGAAUUAUUGUUGCAAUAGAUAAAACUCCUCAAAAAGUGGCUAGAAUAAAGGAAAAUUGUGAGAAACAUGGAGUUACUUGUGUCACCGCUUAUGCGUUUGACUCAACAAAAUGCUAUUCAGAAAAUGGUACUACUAAUGUCACCAAAGGUCCUCCUUUUAGUUCAAAUGUUUUUGACAAAAUUCUUCUUGAUGGACCAUGCAGUGGACUUGGACAAAGACCGCAGCUAGUUAACAAAAUGACAGACAAGAUGCUGCAGUCAUACAAAUUUGUACAACGAAAGUUAAUGGAAUCUGCAGUGAAAGUGAUGAAAGUAGGAGGGUUUCUGGUAUACAGCACAUGCACAGUAACUGAAGAAGAAAAUGAAGCCAUGGUCGCGUGGGCGUUGAGCAAGUUCCCCUGUCUCCAGCUCGUCCCUGCGGAGCCCCUCCUUGGAGGCCCGGGGAUGUCCUGCGCGGGUCUCACGGAUGCUCAAAGAGCAAUGCUACAAAGAUUUGGACCUGAAGAAGACUGUCUAAGGCCAACUACACAUCCCAUAUAUAAAGACACAAUAGGAUUCUUCAUAGCAAAAUUCAUCAAAACGGAAUAAAUUACAAUUCAUAAAUAAAUCGUGUACGUAAUAAAAACGGCUAUAA